AUGGACCAACUCUCAGUGAUGAACUAUCAGCCUUUGACGUGGGCCUUCAGCCACCCAUGGGCGCCGCCCGUCAGCCCUCCUCCCGCCCACAUCAUCACGCCCUCACGGAUGUCCCACAAGGCCAAGGCCUUCACCAUCGACGCCCUUCUGGGACUUGACACUCAAAAGGAUCUUCCUGCCGCACCCACAUCCCCGCCUGCAUCUCCAGUGUCCCUCCUUCAUGAAUCCUACGACACCAGCCCUAGGGACGCCCCCGGAAAGAUCAAGCGACAUCGCACAGUGUUCACAGACUCGCAGCUUCAGCGACUGGAGGAGGAGUUCCAGCGACAGCAGUACCUGGUGGGCCCCGAGCGGCGCUACCUGGCCAGCCAGCUGGAGCUGAGUGAGCUGCAGCUCAAAGUAUGGUUCCAGAACCGACGCAUCAAGUGGCGCAAGAACCAGCUCAGCGCGACGCAGGAUCGCGACGCCUGCACAUCUCCUCCGUCGUCUGAAUAUGAAUGCCAUGGAUUAACCUUCAAUUUGAAAACCUAUAAGGUAAAUGAACCUACAAUUUUGCUCAAACCAGGAAGAAAAAUCUCCAGCAUGUCAACAUUCUCACCUACAAUUUCACUAACAGAUCUACCAACAAUCGCCCCCCUCGUUUUCUCGAUGUCCCGCACCAUACCCCAGUGUCUCUGUCACCUACUAACAUUUGCAAGGACCAAUAGAGUGCAAAUUGAAAAUAUCUUGCCAGUAGCAUUAAGGGACUACAGUCAAGACAGUGUGGGCGGGGCUACUCUUCUCGUUAACUCUGCCUCAUGUGUGAAAAUUAAUUAG